UAAAACCCUUUUGUAAAACCCUAGAAGCCCCCUAUAAAAACCCAUCAAACACACCCAUUAUCAGCCCCUUCUUGCAAUCGCUUGUUCAAAUAUUCACCCCUUUAAAACCCUAACUUUUUAAUCGAUCUUCAUAGCCAUGGAGUUUUGGGGAGUUGAAGUUAAAGCAGGAGAAAAAGUACCUGUUCCUGUUGAAUCUGGGCAUCUCAUUCAUGUUUCUCAGGUUGCAUUGGGAGAUGUAAAGAAUGCAAAAGCUGCUAACUAUGUGCCUGUCCGUAUGACUGUUGAAGGCAAGAAGUUUGUUAUCGGAACACUCUCUGCAGACAAGGGACCUCAAAUAUCAUUUGACUUGGUUCUUGACAAAGACUUUGAGCUUUCACAUGACUGGAAAGAUGGGAGUAUCUACUUUUGUGGAUAUAGUGCUGAACAGGAUGAUGGUACAGAGGGGCCUGAUGGAUUCUAUGAUGAAGAGGAUAGUUCUGAUGAAGAAGAGAUUGAGCUUGAAAAUGGCAAACCUGUUCCUGCUAUCCCCGCAGCCAAAGCUACUGAAUCUAAGGCCGCUGCUACCAAGCCUGGAUCCUCCGCAAAGCCAAAGGUGACAGUUGUCGAGCCUAAGAAAGACGAGUCUGAAGAUGACAGUGAUGAUUCAGAUGACAGUGAGUCUGACCCGUUAGAGGAUGAUUCAAGUGAUGAUGAUGAUAUGUCUGAAGAUGAGGAAACUCCUCAAAAGGUUGAGCCACCAUCUAAGAAGAGGCCUGCUAGCUCUGCAGUUAAAACUCCAGCUUCUACCAAAAAAGCAAAGACCGAAACCCCCCAAAAAACAGAUGGCAAAAAAGCAAGUGUUCACACUGCAACCCCUCAUCCUAAAAAGAAAUCAGAGAAAAAGACAACUGAAUCUCCCAAAUCAAGUGGAGGAGUUACAUGCAGUUCAUGUAGCAAGACAUUUAACUCUGAAAAGGGUUUGGAGUCUCAUUCAAAGGCUAAACAUGGUGGCAAGUAAAUUGGGAUUGCUCUGCGAUGGAAGCGUGUGGAAUCAAGGGUUUGCUAGCCUGCUGGUGGGAUUUGUCUUUAUCUUUGAUUUUUUGGUAGGAUUGAAAAUCAGUAGCUCUUUUAAUCUACUAAGUUGGUGGUAUGGUUAAAACAUCUAUGAUCAAACGUUUAUCGUAGAGAGAAAGAUGUUAUAUUUGCCUUAAUCCAAUGGUUAUCCGUUUAAUCUGA